AUGGGACAAACUCAAGAUAUUGAUUUCUAUGGCCCAUUGCCGACUGGACAGUAUAUUUUGGUGAUCCUCGAUUGCUAUUCUCGAUUUCCGGAAGUAGAAGUGUUGUCUUCGAUCUCUGCCAAGACUGUAAUCCCGAAACUCGAUGUAGUUUUUGCCCGGCAUGGUGUCCCUUCGCAGGUUGUUUCAGACAAUGGGCCACCUUUCCAAGGACAUGAAUUCAACAGAUACAUGACCAAAAUGAGAAUCCAGCAUAAUACCUCCACACCCCUUUUGCCUCAGGGGAAUGCGGAAGUUGAAGCGUACGUUCAUGAAGCCGCUCGGCAAGGCUACUCGAACGGCGGACCUCGAAGGACGGCCUUGGAAACAAGAGCUCUCCAAGUUCUUGUUGGCGUAUCGGUCUACCUCCCGCCCCCCCCCCCUAUUCGACCACAAAGGUACCACCUGCUCAGUUGCUAUAUAACCGAGAAAUUCGCGGGAAGUUGUCCACACUUCCCCACAACAGCAAAGUCAUUAACCAACAUAGAGAAGCCAAGCAAAAUGACAAAGAACAAAAGCAAAGGGGAAAACGAUAUGCAGACUCUCGACGGCAUACACGAACAAGUAAACUACCAGUUGGAGAUCGUGUUCUGGUGA